ACUGCAGCGAUGUCCAGAUCCACUAAAUCCAUGUCGAAAUCUCGGAGCCGCUCGAGAUCCCGAUCAAGGUCCCGCUCCACUUCUCGGUCCAGAAGUCGCUCCCGGUCCAGGAAGCAUCGUUACAGCUCUAGGUCUCGGUCAAGAUCUCAUUCUCCGUUUUAUAACCGGGAGAAGAAAUAUCCAAAGGCGUACCAAAACAACCGGGAGUUCCGAGGGUAUAACCGUGGCUUCCGGAGGCCCUAUAACUUCCGGGGCCGUGGAAGGGGCCAGUUUUUCCGUGGACGCUUUCAGCGUGGAGGUGGUGGAUAUUACUACAACAACAACAACAACAACAAUGGCAACUACCGCCCAAACUGGAAGAACUACAAACAAUAUCCUCAAAAACAACAGCAGCAGCAGCAGUUUAAUUAUUCACGAGGACGAUCGCACAAUGUACAGAAACGCUCAGGAAGCCCCCCUCAGGGUCACUCUCACCACUCUGACAGGUCCUCUUCUCCUUUAUCCAGACACUCACAGCGUUCUUCCUCGUCAUCUCACUCUUCUCCAAAAAGUCGGCCAGCCUCGAUGGUGGCUAAUCCAAACAUUAAAGAAGUCAACGAGCAGCACCUGGCCUCCAACGAAGUCCAAAAGGGAGGUGGGGAUGAGGAGCACGUUGGGUUACUCGCAGGAGAUGCUAAAGAAGGUGCAGACUGUGAGAAAACUGAGAGGACCUGGCAGGGCCUGACAGACUGCAGCAGUCCAAAGAAAAACAGUCCUGUGGCCAGCACUGCUGUUAUCGUUGGUCAGAGCAGCCAAACUGCUGUUCAGUCUAGUCCCACAAAAACCACCAACGCCUGCAAUAGCUCCCCCACGUGGGAGAAGGCAUCUGGUUCAUCCUCAGCCAAUAAGGCCUCAAGUGACGGUCUGAAUCCGAUGCUGCCCAGCUUUGACUUCUUCUCUGAGGAUUUCCCAGAUGGAGACAAAAAAGCAAUCUCCAUAGCUUUCAAGAAGUUUCUCGAGGAGCACAACAAAAAGGCUAAAUGUGCUUUGGAAAACGGGAAGAAAAUAGAGGCAAACGAUGUGGAUACUGAAAAAGAUAAACGCAACGGGAAAGCCUCAGCAGUCGUUUCUGAUUUUGUAUCCAAAAAGCACAGAGAAAACACUGAAAGGGAAAUGUCUCUGAACAGCUUUUUGAAAGCCUCCCCGUUUCUGUCUUCUGAGGUAGAGGAGGAUGAUGAGAUGACAUUUAAGCCAUCUUCAAAAUCCCUUCACAAAGAAUGGCAUAAUGACAACGAGACCUCUAAACAAAAGAGCAAAGUCACUCACUCAGCCCAGAAACUGUUUGAAAAGUGCUUCAGCAAGUGGCAAAAUGCUGCUUACUCACAGUUUGAACAGAGUGAGCUCGACUCCCCGAUGGAGGAGACAUAUCUGAGUGAAAAGCAGGAGAGAGCCAUGGCUGCUGCUUUUGCUAAGAGAGAGUUAGCAAGCAAACUGGAAGAACUGUCUCCAAAAGUGACCUGUAAAAUGAGAAAGACGGCAAAAUCUCCACCUGAUCAAUGUUCGGAGAGGCAGAAGUCUGACAGAGAGUCGUUUACAGCUCGAGGGGUUGACUCGCCUCCUAUUUCCUCAAGGAAACAGGAAGCAAAGUUUAACAUAAGCAUGGAUUAUAUUGGAGAAAAUCUUACCAGCUCUACGGAUAUUUUAGCUGAAGAGCGGCAGCUGUCCCAGGACCUUGUGCAGUCCUCAAAAAAGCAGCAGGAGUUUCGCUCCAUCUUUCAACAUGUUCAGGUUGCCCAGUCACAGAAGAGCCCCUCUGAACUGUUCGCUCAACACAUUGUCACCAUUGUUCACCACGUCAAAGCCCAACACUUUCCGUCCUCUGGCAUGACUCUGAACGAGCGAUUCACCUUGUACCAAAGACAUGCAGCAAAGAAGGAAACGAUGAAGCCAAGAAAAAGCCCAGAGAUACACAGGAGAAUUGAUGUGUCACCAAGUGCUUUUAGGAAACACCCUCAGCUUUUUGAGGCGAUGAAAAGCUCAGAGGAUGGGACUUACAAGGAUGCCGGAGAAAAAGUUAAAGAUGACCACAUGGACCUCCGCUUGGACAUUGAGCGUCGUAAAAAGUAUUCCACGCAUCAUAAAAAUUACAAUCAGGAUCUAGGAAAAGAUGCUGGGGAUUCCUCAGAUGGUGAAAGGGGGAGAUCCAAGGAAAACCUUUCAAAACACUGCAAGAUACCAAAAAAAAAUUACAAGAAACGCUCCCGCUCCAGUUCAUCCUCCUCUUCGUCGUCUUCCAAUUCCCAAAAAGAUGAAUGCUUACCUCAUGAAAGUUUUGAGGUGAAGGAUGACGUCUUUAACAAGGCACAGCUCGAUCAAAGGGAAUCACCAGGAAGUUCUGAAGGAGCGCGGCCGCCAGGAGGAUUAUUUCAGAAAAUACAAAUCCGUGGAAGGGGUUGGACCAAAGGCAGGAAUCAAGGAAACGGUUCAUACAGUACUCAAAUGAACAGGGUGGGACACCCAGAAAGUGAAGACUGGGAUCCUAAAUUUACUCACAAGAGCAAAGCAUACUACUUGCACGAUGACAGAGCGUCCACAUGGAUGGACACCAAAGAAAGAGGUCAGGGAAGCCUUCCUCAUGGGAGAGCCCGAUUCAUCAUCCGAAAGGCUACUGGCAGUGCCAAUACCAUUAGCCCCAAAUGGACACGUGAUAAGUUCCAGGUCAACCGAGAGCAAGGGGGCAAGGAGAGAAAGGAGGCAGAUCAGGACCACAAGGAGGAAGAUAUUGAUGGACAGAACACUUGAGCAGUGAAACAAUCAUGACAAAUCUUAAUACUUUAUGUCCUUUUAGGGUCAGAAGGAACAGUUUCAUCUACAAUCAACGCUUCCAUUUCAGAGCAAGAUAAUUUCCCUCGAUAUAAUAGCCAUCUCAUACAUCAGGAUAACCUUUGUGACUAGUAGAAGCACUGUUUAAUAGUAAGUUAUAAAGUAGUUUUUGUUUUGUGUUCUUUCAUGAAGCAUUUUUAUGUUCUUUAGAUGUUUCUCAUUAAGGUGAAGUAAAGUCCUUAAUG